AGUUUGUUUUUCGACUUAGUACGUAUCAGACAGUCGCGUGUAUCGCAUGAGGAGGACAGUGAGCUUCGCAGCAAAAUACACAAAAGUUGACUCCUCAUCGUAAUCUGUGCUGUUAUUUAUUUUUUGUUCAUCAACAAGUUUCGCGAAUUAAAUCCAAAGUGUGUUUAAACUUUAACGAAUUCAGACUGAAAAUUAACCGUUUGGUUAAUUGAAGCGUUUUAAACGCUAAAUCACUCGUUUUCUUUUUGCUUAAAAGGACUUAAGGAUAUCAUAAUUAACGUAAUUCAAUUUUUUUCUCUAUCCGCAACUUAAAAGCAUUUUUUUUGGAUAUUCAAAAGCAUUUGGACUAUAUAUAAUUUACAAGAAAAAAAAAUAAAAGAAACUACAGUAAAACUUAGGAAUAAAUCGCGUUUAAGGACAACAUUAAUCAAAGUGUAAUUCUAGUUUAAAACCUCAAUCAAGUGAUAAAACUUUUCCAUUAGUGUGCAACGGAUAUUUUUGUGUUCGCAAGCAAGGAGAUAAUUUGUUUCUUUCGGAGAAUAAAGCCAAAAAAAAGCCACAAAGUGAUUCCAAACGUGGCUCGAUCACCAAUUAACGGAAAUACGGUACGGAACGUUUUAUCCGACGAAGCGACGGUUCGGAACAACUUUACCGUGGCGCUCCAUUCAACAGAAGCCCUGAUGGCGGGCUUUCUCAAGUCCAGUGACUUGGGGCCACAUCCACACAGCUAUGGUGCGCCACACCCCCAUCACGGACACCCCCAUGGACCUUUACCACCUGGAAUGCCCAUGGCAUCCCUAGCACCGUUUGGACUACCCCACGGGCUAGAGGCGGUUGGCUUUCCUCAAGGUAUGUGGGGCGUAAAUCCGCGGAAGCAGCGAAGGGAGAGGACCACCUUUACGAGAACACAGCUGGAUGUCUUGGAAUCACUGUUUGGGAAAACCCGCUAUCCGGAUAUUUUCAUGCGGGAAGAAGUGGCGCUUAAGAUUAAUCUACCAGAAUCGAGAGUACAGGUGUGGUUCAAGAAUCGUCGGGCAAAGUGCCGGCAACAGUUGCAGCAUCAACAGUCGACAACAAACCUCAAUAAUAGUUCAAAAUCAACAAAUAGUUCAAGCAACUCGUCCAAUACGACGGCGAGGCACAACAACAGCAACAGCACCAACCCAACCACAUCGUCAAGUGGAACAUCGAAUAGCUCCAAAUCAACCUCAUCGACGGCCAAAACGACAUCGAUUAGCAACCACAAGCACACGCAGCAGAAUCAACAGCAACAUGCAACGAAUGCUGGUGCAUUGGGUACCGUAGCGGGGCACAAUUCAUCACCAAUUUUGCCAAUAACACCAUCAACGUCGGUGAGUCCGCCGAUAAAUGUGAUUUGCAAGAAGGAGGUGCCCUCGUUUCAUUCUUCAUCGGCAUCCCUGGGUGCUGGCGGUGAUAGUUUGAAGGCUGGAACGACGGGGUAUGAUGUGCUGAAGGAUGCUGAAAUGGGUCUAUCCGUUGCCCAUCAUUCGAGCCCCUAUGCCAACAUUAAUGCCCGCAUUGGGCAAACGGGGGGCAAUUUAACGCCACACGGGUCUAGUUCGUCCGUCAUUACGACACCCUCACCACCGAUCACCCCACAAUCUGCCGCCCAUCAGCCACCACUGUCGUACAUGCCGCACCAGGAAUACAACUUCUGGCACAAUCAGUACAAUCAGUACCCCAAUAACUACAACACACCCUCCUACUACACCCAAAUGGACUACUUCAAUAACCAAAGUCAGGCUAACUACAACAUGGGCCACACAGGCUAUGCUGCAUCAAACUUUGGCUUAACUUCCGGGUCUGGACUCGGUGGACCCAUGGGGGCGCAGACUUUCUCACCAAAUGGUCUCGACUACAUGAGUCCUCAGGAUAAAUACGUUAACAUGGUCUAGGAGCAGGUGAGCCCUGAGGUGGAUGAAGAUGACGACGAUGCCACUGAAUGUGAUUUCACAUCGACGGACUUUACAACAACGGCAUCCCCGACGUCUCUAUUCAAGAUUAAACCAUCUUUACACCACCACAGGUCACUCUUUAAGAGACCAUCGCUUCAUCUACCCCGGGGUGGUCAUGACUACGAUGACAGUUAGUAGAGAAUUCAGCCAUGGUAAGCAAAAUAUUUCUUUCCAUUCCAUCCACCUAUAGCCCUUUUUGACAUCUUAGGAUAGGUUGAUUGUGCAAAGUGAAGAAAUUGUUGCAAACCACCAAAACAUGCGAUAGAUUACAUGAUUCAAGACCGACCACCCCUUUUAAAAAAAAAGUAAAACCCGAUAAAACCGAUAAUCUAGCCAAAAGGGGGUUUAAGAUUAAACUGAUUAGAAAGUGCGAAGACGUAAACAAAACCCCCUCACUAUUUGCAAUUCCUCUUAAGUUAGUAAUCAACAUCCUUCCAAAUGCAUUUGGAAGCAAUUUGUUAUGUAUAUCAAAUUUUGUGACCAUCCGGACUUGUGAGAUAUAUACAUAAUAGCUAUGUAAUGUAUAUCGAAAAGUUGACGAAUUAAAGAACAGGAGUCUUGAUUUCUUAAAAAAAAUGAGAUUUAAAACGAGAGAAAAUUUCAGCCACUAGCAAAUAUAUAAGAAGUAAAUGAAGAAUAAUGGCAAUUUGUCAGAGAUUAUUGUUUCUAUAUUAAAAAAAAAAGUGAGAAGAAAUAUGCCAGAAACGGAGAUUAAUGCAAAAAAAAAUACUUAUAUUAUAUUAAAAGAAAAAAAACAAGAUAAAAUAUAUUAAUUAAAAGAAGUUGUACAAAAUAUUCUGUAAGUGUAAAAAAGAUUUAUUCUUAAGGUUUAAAAUUAAAUUAGGAUAUUUCUGUCUUACUUAAAAAAAAAAAAACAAAAAAAAAAGAGAAACAAACAACACUGAUAACAAGUAUAUCAAUUUGUCAUAUCAGAAAUUUAAGAAAAAUUAAACAAAAACUUUUAAAAAUGGGGGUAUGAAAGAAGAAGAAAAAGUAUAUGUGUGGAAAAAAACAAAGUUAUUGCAUUGUAUUUAGGUAUCAUUCUUCAGAAUAAUUUUUUGUGCAAUUUUGCUGCAACAUCACCAAGAUGUGUUAGAGAAUAUCCACAAAAAGAAAAAUUCAUGCUUAACACAAAUUUUAAUUAAAAAGAAAAAAUGUAACUUCCUUGGUUGAUCACGAAGACAAAGUAUAAAAAUUUUAAAAUUUUUCCUUUAUCAAAGCCACACAAAAUUCUUUAAUUACAUUCAGUAGCAAAAAAAAUGGGAAUAAUUUGCAAAGAACUCUAUCAUUAAAAAUUAAUUGAAUACACAAAAAUGUCCGUAAUAUUUAAUUUGCAGUAAUUAAAUAUGAUAUUACAAAAAAAUACAUGAAUGCAACACUGAUAGUGUGUAAAUAAUUAAAUUGCAAAUAAAUCUCUGAAAAAAUUAA